GUUUCGUUUCGUUUCGUUUCAGGAGGUUUUACAUUUGGGGAAAGAACGAAAAUACCAGAAAGAACGAUCUCAUUCUCUCUGCUUGGAUCACUCCAACAGAUCGCUUUCAAUACCACAUUCUCCAAGCAGAUCGCUUCCACAUUCGCAACCAUGAAUAUAUUCAGACUUGCAGGCGACAUGACUCAUCUCUUCAGUGUUCUCGUCUUGCUCUUGAAGAUUCACACCAUCAAAUCAUGCGCUGGGAUUUCACUGAAGACUCAGGAGCUCUAUGCACUGGUGUUUACUACUCGCUACUUGGAUAUAUUCACGGAUUUCAUUUCACUAUAUAAUACUGUCAUGAAGUUAAUCUUUCUGGGGAGUUCGUUCUCUAUUGUAUGGUAUAUAAGGCGCCACAAGAUUGUGCGUAGAUCAUAUGAUAAAGAUCAAGAUACCUUCCGCCAUUAUUUUCUCGUGAUUCCUUGUUUGGUUUUAGCUGUGUUUAUUAAUCAUAAGUUCACUUUUAAGGAGGUAAUGUGGACAUUUUCUUUAUACUUGGAAGCUGUUGCGAUACUCCCGCAGUUGGUCUUGUUGCAAAGAACUAGAAAUAUCGACAAUUUGACUGGUCAAUAUGUGUUUCUUUUAGGAGCAUACCGUGCAUUGUACAUUUUGAACUGGAUCUACCGCCACUUUACCGAGCCUCAUUAUGUUCACUGGAUCACUUGGAUAGCAGGGGUAGUCCAAACAUUGCUCUAUGCUGAUUUCUUCUACUACUACUUCCAAAGCUGGAAAAACAAUGAAAAGCUCCAGUUACCUGCUUGAUGCUCGUUUUAUGAUAAUGAUAGUCAGGCGAUAGAGUUUUGAGAGUCUUACUUUAUAUACUUUACUUUACAGAGGAGCUUAUCAGCGUAUGCUAUUUCUGUUAUUUUUAGUGCUUUCUUAACUUAGUGUAAUGUGAUUUGACACUCUUACUCUCUUCCAAAUUAACUUGAUCAGAUAUACUAGAUAUUAAGCUUAUCAUAA